UGUUGUCAGAUUUAUAUUUUGCAUAGUGCCAGAAUUCUUUUAAGGUUGUUUUGCUUUGCUAAUACAAAAAUAUAUUGCUUGUGUAUAUUGUUUUAACCAAUCGGACAAUUUUGAAAAGUUUUCUCAUAUAAUUAUUUAAUUGCUUUCAUUAUCACGUAUACAAAACCUUUACUCAAGAAUUUGCACGCUUCAAAGCACGAUGUCACGUAGCGAGAUCAAAGUAGGCGCUAGAACGGAAAGUAGUGAGUACAUUGAUAUGGACUUUUCUUCUGGUGACUCAAAUAAAAUGAAACCUAAACAGUUCUAUCGGGAGGAGAAUAAUAACGAGGCCGAUGAGCUAUCGAAAGAUUUCACGGAGAUGGGAUGUAUAGUUGACGCUGUGAAACGACCACCUAACAUCUGCGUAGAGACUUGUGUAUACGAGGAUUCCGAUUCAGGCAACGAUAAGUCAGAAGUGGAGACAAAAGAUAAUGAAGAUGACAUUUAUUCCGACGAGUUUGAAGAAGAUAAGAGCGAAAUAGAAGAAGCUACGAAAGAAAGAAAAGAACAAAGUAAAUCUGAACAUAAUAUUAUCAAGGAAACUCCAUCAAGCCCACCGCUUGUCAAAUUAUCAAAAAGUCUAUCAAAUAGUUCUACUAAUAAACAACUAUCUUCGUCAGCACAAUCAACUAAUUAUGGUUCGAUAUCAAUCCCUCCAACCCGUCGUGUCAACAUGUCUUUCACGAACGAGCGACUGCGUGAGAUUGAAAGGCACAACCACAUUUUACUUAACAAGAUACUGAGCGCUCGUAACUCACGCAAGUCUUCGAUACCUCCGCGCGAACAACCCGCGAGGAAUCCUGUACCUGCGGCUGCUGUACACCGCAAGUUGCAACAGAAGAAAAUAGACCACGACAACAUGAUCCUCCUGAAGAAAAUUCAGCGCGCCAAGUCGUCGGCGUGCAGCUUGCGGCGUUGAUACAGAAGGCGCGUCGGCUGCGCUUGCGCAGGUCGGCGCUACACUCUGCCUACCCACUUUGUUGCACGCCAACCUAUACGUGAUCGUCAAUAUAUUUUAUAUUAUUGUUUA